AUGGCGGAUGUUCAUAUGUCAGACGCGGAGACCUUCGCUUUCCAGGCGGAGAUCAACCAGCUUCUGAGUUUGAUUAUUAAUACAUUUUACAGUAACAAGGAGAUCUUCCUUCGAGAGUUGAUUAGCAAUGCCUCCGAUGCUUUGGAUAAGAUACGGUUUGAGAGCUUGACUGAUAAGAGUAAGCUUGAUGCGCAGCCGGAGUUGUUUAUUCGACUUGUGCCGGAUAAGGCGAAUAAGACUCUGUCAAUCAUUGACAGCGGUAUUGGCAUGACCAAAGCAGAUUUGGUGAACAAUUUAGGCACAAUUGCGAGGUCUGGCACCAAAGAAUUUAUGGAGGCGUUGCAGGCUGGUGCUGAUGUAAGUAUGAUUGGGCAGUUUGGUGUCGGUUUCUACUCCGCUUAUCUUGUUGCAGAGAAGGUGAUUGUUACCACCAAGCACAACGAUGAUGAGCAAUACAUUUGGGAAUCGCAAGCUGGAGGCUCAUUCACUGUUACAAGGGAUGUCAACGGAGAGCAACUUGGCAGGGGAACCAAGAUCACCCUUUUCUUGAAGGAAGAUCAGUUGGAAUACCUGGAGGAGAGGAGAAUCAAGGAUCUUGUGAAGAAGCACUCCGAGUUUAUUAGCUAUCCCAUUUAUCUCUGGACUGAGAAGACAACCGAGAAGGAAAUUAGUGAUGAUGACGAUGAUGAGCCAAAGAAAGAAGAGGAGGGUGAUAUUGAGGAGGUUGAUGAGGACAAAGAGAAGGAGAAGGGAAAAAAGAAGAAGAUAAAGGAAGUUUCUCAUGAGUGGCAACAGAUAAACAAGCAAAAACCGAUCUGGUUGCGUAAGCCAGAGGAGAUCACCAAGGAGGAAUAUGCCUCCUUCUACAAGAGCUUGACCAAUGACUGGGAGGAUCACCUUGCUGUCAAGCACUUUUCUGUUGAGGGUCAGCUUGAAUUCAAGGCCAUCCUCUUCGUUCCAAAGAGGGCUCCAUUCGAUCUUUUUGACACCCGCAAGAAGAUGAACAACAUUAAGCUCUAUGUUAGGAGGGUGUUCAUCAUGGAUAACUGCGAGGAGCUCAUCCCUGAAUACCUUGGAUUUGUCAAGGGUGUAGUUGACUCUGAUGAUUUGCCUCUAAACAUUUCCCGUGAGAUGUUGCAGCAAAACAAGAUUCUCAAGGUGAUUAGGAAGAACCUUGUGAAGAAGUGCAUUGAGAUGUUUAAUGAGAUUGCUGAGAAUAAGGAAGACUAUAACAAGUUCUAUGAAGCUUUCUCCAAGAACUUGAAGUUGGGUAUCCACGAGGACAGCCAAAACCGGGCUAAAUUGGCUGACUUACUCAGGUAUUAUUCAACAAAGAGUGGCGAUGAAUUGACUAGCCUGAAGGAUUAUGUGACCAGGAUGAAGGAGGGGCAAAAGGACAUCUACUACAUUACUGGCGAGAGCAAGAAAGCUGUAGAGAACUCUCCCUUCUUGGAGCGACUCAAGAAGAAGGGAUAUGAAGUACUCUACAUGGUUGAUGCCAUUGAUGAAUAUGCUGUUGGCCAGCUUAAAGAAUAUGAUGGCAAGAAGCUGGUUUCUGCCACCAAGGAAGGAUUGAAACUCGAUGAUGAAACUGAGGAAGAAAAGAACAAAAAGGAGGAGAAAAAGAAGUCGUUCGAGAGCCUUUGCAAGGUUAUCAAGGACAUUCUUGGAGACAAAGUUGAGAAGGUAGUUGUUUCCGAUAGGAUUGUAGACUCACCAUGCUGCUUGGUUACUGGAGAGUAUGGUUGGACUGCAAACAUGGAGAGGAUCAUGAAGGCGCAAGCAUUGAGGGAUAAUAGCAUGGGCUCUUACAUGUCUAGCAAGAAGACAAUGGAAAUUAACCCUGACAAUGGAAUUAUGGAGGAAUUGAGGAAGAGAGCGGAGGCUGACAAGAAUGACAAGUCGGUGAAGGAUCUUGUGUUGCUACUGUUUGAGACUGCCCUCUUGACUUCUGGGUUCAGUCUGGACGACCCUAACACAUUUGCAUCAAGAAUUCACAGAAUGUUGAAGCUGGGAUUGAGCAUUGACGAGGACGAUGAAGCUGGUGAGGAUGCUGAAAUGCCCGCACUUGAGGAAGAUGGCAAUGAAGAGAGCAAGAUGGAGGAGGUGGAUUGA